UUCUUAAACAAUCAUCGAAAGCUGUUAAGCAAAACCCUGUCCCUGUGUGGAAAAAAUUAGAAGUAUAUAAAUUUCUAUAAAUUACCACAGAUUUCCAAUGAAAUGUCAGGUUGAGAUACAGUUUCAUAAAUAUGGGUAGUUUCCGAAAGGAGAAAUCAGCAAUUGAUUCACUCCGUAAUCUUGGUUCAAAGAUUUUUAAUGGAAGUAGAAACCCAAUUCGUCAAGGUAAUCAUCAAUUCACGCAAUUUGAUACCCCUAGGGCUUCUGGGUGUUCGUUUUCUUCGUUGGUUCGUUCAAAGUUUACUCCUUUUCAUCAAGAUCACCAAUUUUUUAAUGGUGGGGGGUGUAGAUUUUACUAUGCCGACAGAUAUCAAGUUCAACAUUUUAAACCAAGAGGACCAAAAAGAUGGUUUGAAAAUCCUAGAAAUGUAUUGAUUGUAGUUUUGGUUAGUGGGGGAGUUUUUGUUACUGUGUAUGCUGGGAAUUUAGAGACAAUUCCUUAUACAAAAAGAAGUCAUUUUGUGCUUUUAUCAAAAGAAUUAGAGAAACAAAUGGGAGAAAAAAGUUUGAAUCAGAUAAAAAAUGCAUUCAGAGGGAAGAUACUACCAGCAAUGCAUCCUGAAAGUAUUAGAGUUAGAUUGAUAGCGAAAGACGUUAUUGGAGCUUUAGAAAGAGGGAUUAGACAUGAACAAGCAUGGAGUGAUCCUGCAUAUAGCAAUCGACAUGUUGAGAGCGAUGAUGAGGAUGGUAGACGAAUUGUUAUUGCUUUGAUUGGUGGCGGUGAGGGAAAAAUUGAAGGGAAUUGGAGGAAAGAAGAGGAAGUUCUUGAUGAUAAAUGGGUUCAAGAGAGUAGAAAGAAAGGUCGAGAGAAAGGUGCUAAAGUUGCUACUCGCCAUUUGGAAGGAUUGAAAUGGGAAGUUUUGGUUGUUAAUGAACCAAUUGUUAAUGCUUUUUGUAUUCCUGGUGGGAAGAUUGUUGUUUUCACUGGUUUGCUUGAUCACUUCAGAACAGAUGCUGAGAUAGCUACAGUUAUUUCACAUGAGGUUGGGCAUGUUGUGGCAAGACAUGGAGCAGAACAAAUUUCAAACAAUAUGUGGUUAACAAUUCUGCAAAUAAUUCUUCUGCAGUUCGUUGGUAUGCCGGAUCUUGUAAAUCUGACAUCACAACUUUUCCUUAGGCUUCCUUUUUCUCGGAGAAUGGAGAUGGAGGCAGAUUAUAUUGGUUUACUCUUGCUUGCCUCAGCUGGAUAUGAUCCGCGGAUAGCGCCCCGAGUGUAUGAGAAGCUUGGGGAGGUCACUGGAGACUCGUCAUUGAAAGAUUAUCUCGCAACCCAUCCAUCUGGAAAGAAGAGAGCGCAAUUACUAUCCCAAGCCAAAGUUAUGGAAGAAGCCCUUAGCAUAUAUAGGGAAUCAAGAUUAGGCAGAGGUAUCGUGGGCUUCCUUUAAGCGCAGAAAAAUUGCGCCAUUCCUGCUGAAUAAUCCUACAUGAUGGAUGAAUAAGGAAACAAUCUGAAUAAUCCUAUAGUUCUGGUCAUAGUCAUAAAGUCAUACCGUGUAAUGCAUAAAGAUCUCUUCUAUGAGCAUACUGAAAGAAAAAAUCUAGAAAUCCACCAAAGAGAUCUAAAAUAUUUGGAUGAUUAAGAGUUCUGAAUUUCUUUCUCUCUCUGGAGUUGUUAAAAAAGCCGCGUUUUUCAAUCUGAACAUUGUAUAUAAGCAUGGAUGUUCUGUCACAUUAAUCGUCUUUAACAUAAUAAAUUUGUCUUCAAA